AUGUCAUAAUCCCAAUCAUUUAUCCAUAAAAAUUUUGAAGAAAAAUAAACCAUUAACUAAAAACAGAUGGUGGAAAAAACGGAGAUUAUUUACUAUGUUAAAAAAUAGAUAAAUUAAGAUUAAUCAAAUUAUAUUGGAAAAAUUGAUCAAUAUUUUAAGAGAAGAAACACAUUUUCGACGCAACAUGACCUUAAACGAAAUGAAGAGCAGGAUAAUUUAAUUCAUAAUAAUUCAUAAUAAAUCCAUAAUGAAUAUUACUAAUUUAAUCAUUUGAGAAUACUACCUCUUAAGAUUUUUAUUGAAAAGCUUUAAAAUAAGCUUAGCAAUUAAAAUUAACUUUUCGAGUUGAUUUUAAAAGUACUGAUUUGGAGUAUUGUGAACGAAUAUUAUUGCAAUUUAAAUCGUUAUUAAUUAUUUCAUAAUAGAAUUUGCUUAGAAAAUAUAUUAAUAACUUCAACUAAAGAAUAAAUGUAUUUAUAAGAUAAUUUUUCAUCAAUAGAUGUGAUUUUUAUUAAUUUUGAUGUAAGUAAUGAAUUUUUCAAUCGAUCGUUCGAAGAAAAAAAUUCUAAAGAUAUUAAAGAUAUAAAGCAGAUUAUAGAAGAGUUGCUAUACUUUAUGAAUUAAAAGGUAGAUCCAAGUCACUUAGAAGAUAAAUCUUCACUUAAGUAAUUAAUUGGAAACUUCUCUGAAUGUCUAUAGAAACUUAGAGAAAGGUUUAAAAAUAUAGAAAAAAAUAAGGAAUAAAUAUUUAAGAUCUAAUUUAGUGAUUAAGAAAUUUAAAAGUUAGAUGGUCUCUUAUUAUCUAAAAAUAUGAAUCAGAAAAUAAUGACACUUCCAGUUUUAAAAGCAAUUUUAUUAUAAAAUUGUUAUUUAAAUCCAAAUAAUUUUGAUAAAUUAGUAUAAGAUUUCGAAGAUAUCUGUUCAAUAAUUGAAACACAUUAAAUUUAAUAUUAAUAGGAAAUAAGAAAUUUUUGUAAUUUAUUAAAUGAUUAAAUCAAAUAGAAAUAUAAAUUAGAUAUUACUUUUGAUGAUUAUAGUAAUUUAAAUGAAGAUUUUGAAAUCAAUGUUUUUAAAUAAAUAGUUGAUCUUGCUAAUUUUUAACAAGAUUCAAUGUCUAAAAUAAAAGAUAUAAUAGAAAGCUAGUAUUAAAAAACAAUAGAGAAUUCUCAAAGAUAUAUUAUUGAAGAUUAUUAAUCAGAAUUGAAUUUAUUCUUACUAAGCUUAUAUUGCGAUUUAAUUUGA